AUGCUUGUUGAUGCUCGCUUUGAUGGCGCCUUUUUUGCUGUUGAAGCUGAAGAUCGACGUCGCUUUUUGGGGGGCGGGAGCUUAGUCAGCGAGGACGUUGAGGACGUUGAAAGCGAGGACGACAUCGACGACGACGACGACGACGACGAUGAAGAAGAAGAAGAAGAUGAUGAUGAUGAGAAGAAGACGGUGAUAGAGAUAGAAUGGAGGAGACGGUGA